CUUGGUGGGCGGACGUCCCGCCCGCCUUCACGACCGAGUCGCGAGUACGCGAGUGAAUUCAAACUAUACUUUUGUACUACUAUUGUGAAUAAAUCGCUGUGUGCAUUUUGUGUUUAGAAGUUCAACUGAAAUUCGAUUAAAGACAAGGAAGAGUGCAAUGCUAUGGAUUCCAGCCGCGGCAGUGAGGUGACGAAGACAAAGACGAUGCAGCUCCGGUCACACACGGGGAUCAGCUAAUGUGAGCUGCGACUAGGACUAGGAGAGAGCUCGUACGAAUGGAGAUGAACGGGACGGAGCCUCGUGGCGAGGAAGCGGCCGUGACGCUGGCGCUAAACGUGGCCGUCACCGUCAUCUCCGCCAUCGGAAUGCUCCUCAACGCCUAUAUACUGUUCGUAAUCAUUAUCACUAAGCAGCCGGCGUCCGCAUCUUCGGUGCUCCUUGUCCACCUCGGUGCGGUGGGAGCUCUUGCGAGUGGUGCGGCUCUGUGUGGAGGCAGUGGGAUGUGUGCGUGCGGUGCUUUGCUUCACGCACUCCAUCCGUUGCAGCUGUGGACUGUGUGCGGAUUGCAUGCUGACCGAGCUGCCGCUAUCGCUGCGCCUUUACACUACGCCGCCAUGGUGUCUGCUAAGAAGGUGAUGAUUUGCGUCGCAGGUGGAUGGGUAGCAACGGCAGCACUACUGGCUCCAUUGGCUGCCGCUCAGCCACCAUUAACCUAUAGUUCUGGAUUAGGAAGUUGCGCUCCAGACUGCGGGGCUGGGCCAGCAGGCCUGGGUUUCUGUCUUCUUUACGCAUUGGUGACAUUACUGAUACCAGUUACUCUAGUGCUUAUGUGCAGCUUGAAAAUCCUUCGUAUAGCGCGUUACCAUCGACACAGGAUUGCUGCGGCAAUUUACGAAGUCACAAUAUCUGCGCAAGUGACGGUUACACAUCAAAGGAAUCCAUUCUCACCUCCACCGCCACCACGUCACCGAGCGUUAUCCGCUGUGCUACAACCGCUCGGGUCACUGGCAAUAUUAUAUUUCCCUUAUUAUUGCAUUUUAAUAUGGCCCGCUGUGUCUGCUCCGCCACAAAUGCUGGCCGCACUAUCGGCAACCCUACUGGCGGCUGCCCCUCCCGUUAACGGCAUUUUGUACGGUAUUCGAAGCAGAGCUCUCCGCGAUUCUCUUCGAAAUUACAGACGAAAGCGGAUGACGAAAAGUGAAGUAACCCAAGAAAUUCAGGCCCGAACCCCAAGUGCGUGUGGAUCUCGAAGACCAUCGCUAUCAGCUGGCUCCGGCUGUAUACGUCCACCGACAACAAGAAGGCUGUCUGAUGCCGCGGCGAUGGGAUCUCGGGGUUCGGAGCGUCCGGCGCAACGUGCCGCUUCCUGUAACAUGUUGCAAGAUUCUCAAGAAGAAGAAAUAUCAAGACCUCGUACUUGUGCCAUUCCGAUAAUUCGGGCGCCGCCGCACGUGGUGCUCGGUCGGGCUCUGGGCCUCGAAGAAGGUGGGACUAGAGACCGACGGAGACGUCAGUCGCCACGUAUCACCGUCACUCGCGCUAUGUCCGACGAGAGCGAGUCUCCCACUCGGCGUCCGCUGUGUCGGCAACAAUCACGGUCCAGUGGCGCUCUUCUCGGUGGCUUAACAUACUCUCCAGUCAUCUCUGAAAACAUGCAAUCAGAUCAAUCGGCAGACGAGCAGCUCCUUCUCUCCUGGCCCAAUAAAAACAACACGAAACAAGAGGCUUUAUAAAACGGGUAAUUGUGUAGUGCUUUAAUUUAGUGCGUGUUAAGACAGUAAUGAAAGCGCGGUUUGACCACGGAUCAGCAUUGUUAUUUGUGAAUGUUUAUAUUAAGUUGCUCUAUGUAAUACUCAACUAGACCUUCCUUUCUGAAUGUUGACCAAAUAUGAAGUUUCCUAUGAAUAUUGAGUGUAACGUAGGUGUUACGAGUUCUCCAACAGGGUUCCUCCAUAUCGUUAGCAUGUACUUGUUUCUUCAGUGUAUCGUAGAGAUUUACGAAAUAUUCCAUAGGCUUAGAUUGAAUAAUUUAAUUAUUUCUCAAAUUGUUAUGUUAUAGUGUAGUAAAAGUUUAUUCUGCAUUAAAAAAAAAAAACUUCAAACAUGUUCUACGUUAAUUUUACUGCUUGACUGUCGAUAGACCUAUAAAAAAUCUAGCUUCAUUUUUAAUGUAUUAUUUUGAGAGCUCUGCUAAAGUCUUUGUUGUGUCG